AUCCAGACUAAAACAAUUAAGGAGUACUCAUCACCUUUAGCUCUUACGGCAUUGACAUGCUUAUCAGGCACGUUACUCUCAACAAUCAUGGCAGCAAUUUUUGAUCAUAAACUUUCCUCUUGGAGGUUGUCAUGGAACAUUACCCUUCUUGCUCCCAUUUAUAGUGGAGUUGCAAUAUGUGGAAUUACAUAUUAUCUACAAACAUUGGUUUCACAAAGAAAAGGUCCAGUUUUCAUGACAGCAUUUAGACCAUUGUGUACUCUACUUACAGCUAUUAUGGGACUACUAAUUUUAAGAGAGGCAUUGCACUUGGGAAGUAUCUUAGGAGCUAUGUUGAUCAUUCUUGGUUUGUACAUGACUCUAUGGGGAAAAGAAAGUGAGAGAAAGAAGAAACACACUGAACGUGGAAGGUAUGGGCAAACUAUUGAGAUCAAAUUAGAAAAUUGUAAUGAACGUUGA